AAACGCAAAUGAAAAUACCAAGUAAUACCGAUUGUUUCUAAUAUACGUUUUCCGGAUCGCUACGUCGCGAGUGCCGCGUCCGCCCAACGGCACCUUUUGCACGAAAAUUUAUACCGAGAAUGUUUUGAGCUACUCCCCCUCCUGGGCCGCCAUCAAGGAAAGAAAUAAACAAUGGCUCGGAAAUAGAUCCAGAUCUUUAUUUCGCAGUGUUUUGUUUCGUUCACUUAUUGCUCAGUUUGCGUCUGAGUUCCGGAGCGAGGAAAAUCGGGAAAAGAAAAUGCAUUUACAUUACAAUUAGCUGCUGAACUUUAUGUGUAGAAAGCUACGAAGUGGAGGAAAGUGGGUAGUUCCUUUUAUUACCGAACCUAUUGGUAUAAGUUGGUCAAGUGACGGUGGCAGAUACAACAAAAAUAUUGUUUGGGGAUUUUCUACCAUUCACCGCUGCUGGCAUUUAUUUUGGCGAUUUUUCUUUGUGUCAACUCGAAGUCUGGACCACGCAGCUACAGGACAAGCAAAGAAAAGCAUGAAAGAAUCUCGCUGCUAGAGGAAUUAUCUGAUUGUUUUCGACGGCAGGAGUGGUUGCGGAGAGGCAGCAAUCCAGUUUUGGUUGUGUCAAAUUCCUUUCCCUUACUACCUAUUCGCUGUCUUGUACGGAAAGCACAUCGUUUUCUCUUUAGUUCAGAUGACAAAAGUGCCGUAUUGUGAUUGAUAUAAGGAGUGGAGCUAUUAUCGGAAGAGAUAGAAAAAUUGGCCAUUAUUGCUCAAGUUGGACAGCAAAUUUCGUUGAAAAAUUGACGAGAAAUUUACAUCAAUCUUCGCACUUUCUCAGGAAUAAAUUGCCAGGGUCACAGGGAGGCUAACUAGCUAUGAAUACCCAAGAAUUUCCAGUUUCAAUCAACCGUAACUCUCCGAAGCAUGAAUUUCCCCAGCACAGCGGUAACAGCAGCAGCAAUAACAACGGUGCCGAUUUAUAUCAUUACCAGCAACAAAACCAUUAUCCUCCCGGAAGCCCUGGCGGUCUUGGGGGCGGGACAGGGCUGCCACAGUCUCCGCAGCAGCAGGAUCUCACGAUCGAUGGAAUACCGAACAACUUUCCCCAUCGACGCUCGCGAGCGUCUCGAACUUUUAAGAAUCCACCGCAACCGCACAUGUGCAUCAAGGAGAAAACCAUCGACGGUAAGGAAGUUUUCAUCAACGUGCUCAGCUGGACGCGGAUCGCCAAUCCGGACAACCCGGACGCACCCAUUCCCCUGUACGGUGGCAUGAAGGUCGGCAAGAUUCCCCCUGGCAGCCCCCGCGCACCUCCACUAGUGUACGCAGUAAUGGCAAGUCCUGAGGUGCUCAAGAAAGCCGGACGGAAAUGUCCAGACACACCGGAACGAAUGAAUCUGGUCGAUCUGAUGUGCGAAUUUGUGGAGGCUAUGAAUCCCACGUUGCAUUUAUCUCGAAAACCAGAAAUCCUAAAGGAUCGCGAUCUCUCCGGUGAACUGAAGGAUGUUUGGAGUGCGGUACAGGCUUGCCGCGAUAAGGGACGCGUCGACAGUGGUCCACCGGAAAAUCUAGUCGUAUACACUGAGUUUGGCCCUGAUACGGCGCCAUCGUACGAGCAAUCUCAACAGCAACAACAAUCGCAAAGACACCAACAGCAACCUCAGCAUCUUCAUCAACAGCAGCAUCAAACGCAACGCGACAUGGGCGAAGAGUACCAGCAGCGGGCUCAGCAGCAUUUUCCCAUCACUCAUGAACAUCACAACAACAGCAUCAAACAGCCGCAACUAUACAAGCAUCAACAAAGUGCAAUUACAAACAACAGUACCACUACGGAAUCAAACUCAGAGAAGCAGCACACCGACGCUAUGGAUGGUGCAAGCAGCAACAACAACAACAGUUUCAGUGUCAGUGCCAAAAAGCAAGAACCUCAAACUGAGCAACGCUCCAACGGAAGCAACAGCAGCAAUCCUUGCAGCAUAGACGAAUUGAACAAGGAAACCGAAAGUCUGACUCUUUCCAACAAUGGAAGCUGCAGUCCCAAGCCCAAUGGUAUUACACUGCCAACAGCCGAAGGAAGUUCAUCACCUCCGAAGGAGCAUCCUUCCACAGCGACCUCACCUUCAUCUUGCACCACUUCGCCUACAUCGCCAACUUCCGCAGUCACAGCAGCAGCUCCGGCGAUUAGUCCUCCUACAACUCAACCAUCGCCCACUGCUACCAUUACAACUCCACCAACUCCCCAGAAAGAGUCAAAAAAUUCCUCAAGCCAUAAUUUCUUCCCCAUGUUUCGCUCUUCCAAGUCAUCAAACAGUGAUAAAUCGUCGGCAAACAGCGACAAAUCCGGUGACAAAGACAAGGACACCACAGGCGAAACCGCACCGGAUACGCCGGUAAAAAGCAGCAGUAAAAAAAGUGGAUUAAGCUUCUUCCGGCGGAACAAAUCAUCCGACAGCAAAAAGGAACAACAGCAACAACCUUCAACACCAACAAAGCAGCAGCAGCAGCAGCAACAACAACAACAACAACAAGUACAGCAACAGCAACCACCGCAGUCAACUGUCGAUAACAAUAAGCUGAAUCUACUGGUGGACGAUAGUUUACUUCAUCACCAUCAUCAUCAUCAUCACCACCACCACCAUCACCAUCAUCACAUGGUCGACGGUAGUAGCAACGGCACGGGGGAGAUCAUCGAGAACUCGACAACCAUUGUGGCAAAGUAAAAAAAAAUGCGCAGGGGGAGUGUAAAUGAUGGGUGAAUAACGUGCGUGCAUAUGCACGCAGUGCGUGAAGGUAAGGUAAGGUUGGUACGUAGGUAUGUAUAUCCUGUGAAUGCCAUACGAGCCGUGAAGCAAGUGAAAGGUAAGUUUGAGUGGGACAUAUCGGACCUGUGGUUAAUCAUUUGGGGUGAGUGGUGAGUGAAUCGACAACUCGACGGUACAGCUAGCGGUUCAUAUUGGGGAAUGGAGCUCGAAACAGUAGGCGAUGGUUUGUUUAAGUAUUCGUGAUUUUCCUCGUUUUAAUCAUUGUUUUAUUUUUUGCAUAUUUUAAUUUUAUUAACUGGAUCACGCGUGAUUCGGGAAUGAUUCAAAAAGAGGUCGCAUUUGACCAAACUUUCCAAGUUUUCUCUUGCAAAGUUUUCUGCGGGAAAAACAUCCCCAUUCGAAAAAACAACAGAUCGAACGAAAGAUUUCCUGACGGAGUAACAACUCAAAAGAAAUUAAGGGAUAGUAUUUGUCAAGUUGAUCGAAACAUUUCUGGCUUUAGUUUUCAGAAGGAUGCAUAAACCAUGUAAAAGGGUUGAUUAUGCGACCUUCUGAAAACUAAAACCAGAAUUCAACUCGUUCGAAAUACAGAAUAUGGGCGAAACUAAGGCUUUUCACAAAGCAAUGCAAAUUGGUUAAUCGUUGCGACUACAUCUCCUUUCGUAGUUUCGCUCCACCUGGUCUAACCAUCUUGCUCGCUGCGCCCCUGGUCGUCUUGUUUCUACCGGAUUUGGGGCAAACACCAUCUUUGCAGGGUAGUCGUUCGGCAUUCUGACAACAAGCUUUAGUCACCUUUUGAAUUCUGGGUUCGCUAUGGAGCUGUGCGACUUCAAGACUCAUCCUCCGCCUCCAUACUUCGUUCUCCUGUACGCUACUGAAGAUCGUUCUUAGCCUCGUCUUUCGAAAACUCCGAACACACGCAGGUCGCGGGUCCUCCUCGAGCAUUAUCCACGUUUCAAGCCCGUAUAGAACAAGCGGUACGGGGGCUUAGUCUGCUCGACCGCAAUUUCUUGUGAAGCCCAUAACAAGCGCAUUGUCCGCCUUUACUAGUAAACCAUGUUUUAGACGUAUUUACCUUUAACCCAAUUUAUUCUGCUUCGCGCUUUAGUGUGGUGUUCUGUUUAGCCACCGCCACAGAUAUUCUGCCGAUAAUAUUCAUCGUUCAGAACUCCUUGUAGCGCUAUGUUGAACAGCAAGUAUGAGAAACUAUCACCUUGACGAAGCCCUCUAUGUGAACUUGACAAUCCACCUGAAAUCCGAACACAGCACUGUGUACCCUCCAUCGUAGAUUUGAUUAGUUUUAUGACCUCCUUGGAGAAGCGGUACUCGUUCUUGUUUUUCCAUAGCUCUUUCUGGUCGAUGGUAUCAUAUGCGGCUUUGAAGUCAACGAACAAAUGGUGCGUGGUAACUCGGUAUUCACGGCCUUUUUGCCUAUUGAUGGGGGUGGCAUAGCUCUCCGGUUUGUCUUAGUUCUCCGCCUGGGCGUCAUUCAGGUGUUCAUCGAAGUGCUGCUUGCACCUCUCCGUCACCUCACGAUCGUCCGUCAAAAUACUGCCAUUCUUAUCCCGACACAUUUCGGGCGCGGCACAAAACUUUUGCAGACUCCGUUCAGUUUCUGGUAGAACUUUCACGUUUCCUGAGAAAGAUGCAGCCGCUUUAGGCGGCUCCUACAUUCAUCGUUAAACCGAUCGUUCCGCUGAUUGCGUGCCACAUGCCCGAUGGAGCUCUUCGCUACACUGCUAAUGGCUGUUUUGAUAGUGUUCCAACACUCCUCGAGAGGGGCUUCGUCCAGCUCGUCCUCUUCCGGCAGCGCAGCUUCGAAUGAGUGCGCAUAGUUUGCAGCGACAACUGUCUGCGUCUGGCGUCGGUGCCGAAUGUUGGUCACAACAGAGUUUUGGGCGCGUCUUAAGAAUCACUAGGUAGUGGUCCGAGCCAACGUUAUUUACAUCUCGGUAAUUACAACAUCCAAACGAUCGCCCUUUUUGUAAAUAGGACAAAGCAUACCUUCCAUCCAUUCCUCCGGUAGUUUCACGUUAUCCUGGAAUGGCAAUCCAAUGAAGAUGCGUUGCUAGUAGUUUCUUUUUUAUUUUAGGAGACUUCUGCCGGGAGUCGGUUUAGCUGUUCGAUUUCUCAUCGGAUCUCUUCGAGACUGGAACCCUAAGAUGUUUGUUGCCCAAUAUUGACUCGAGAGACAUACUUAAUCUGUGACAUGGCGUUCCAUGCUGUUGUAGGACAACGUAUUGAUCCUCAGAGAUAAUUUGGAACUUAAACUUUCACUUUCUCCGAAAGAUUCUCAAAUUUCUUCUGUAAAAUGAACCGGUCUGUACUGUACGGCUGUUAGAUACAGCAUCGAUGCCGAACAGCUUCUAUUGAAGAAAGGAAUUAUGAUUUUUUUUCCUUCUUCAACAAAGAAAGCAAUCUCUUCGAGCGAAUCACUCGCAAUUCCUUUACCCGCCCCGUAAUCAAAUGGCGCAUCUCUCUUGCUUUGGAAGAUGCCUGCAAGUUUUCUUUGCUGAUUCUUUGCACGAAUUGUUCAAAAAUUUUGGCUUCCUUGGCAAGUUUGCUUGUGGAACGUACCAGAUUGCGAGCAUGAAGUAUAUGCAAACUCGUAAUCAUUUCUUGGCGUAAAUUGUCACAAAUUUGUAAUAAAACAAUUCCGAUAUUCUGAUGCAGCACUUGAGAGUAGAGAACCCAUACUUACUGUAAACACUAUGUAAGCGCUGCUUAACAUGUUUCCGCUUUCCAGUACUCUACCAGCGCUAAUCUACUGUGCCUUACAUUAUACAUAACGGAAAGUAUAUAGACUAAUCUCAAGUUUUUAGUCUUGACCUUGAAAUGCGGUCAUACAUAUAUAUUAAUAUUUUUUGAAACGAUGGUUCUACAAUUGAUGAAGGGACGGUAGGGGAAAGAAAUGAAAAUUUUUUGGUGAAGGAGGGGAAGAGCCCAACAAGCUCAAACAGACGUUUUAUACAUCAUGAUAGCAAUCUAGCAAUCCUCCUCGUUGUACCAGCCGGAAUACGAGCAACCUUCGAGAAAAUCGGGUAACCAACCCCGGUGGAAGCUAAGGUCGUAUACCGACAGGGAAGGAGGCACUCAUGCAUCUGCUGAGUAUUGGCAAAAGGAACAGCCUUGCCAGUCGUAAGCGUCUGACUCCAGGUUAGAGGCGGCUCGCGACGGUGAUUCCACUGCACGGUGAAUCGCCGUUUCCGUACCAAGUAUGCGGCUCUAUCCCAGGUUAGGGGCGGCAUACAACAGCGACUGAUCCGGAGCGGACGGGCUAAUACCCAAGACAGCAGCCCUGUCCGCGAGACUAGGUAUCGCAGCCCCAGUAAGGCAGUAUGCUUAAACAACUUUCGCUAGGAGAAAUUCAGGAAAGGAACUACAACCGGAUAAUCGGCAUGAACCCAGGCAAAAGAAAAGGACAACGAUUAUUCAAAACUUGGUACUUGGAAUGUCAGGCCUCUACUUGAACCGGCAUGCGAGGGAAUCCUGGCAAGAGAGCUGCAGAAGAUGAAUGUCGUGGUUGCAGCCAUUCAGGAAGUGCGGUGGCUGAAGACGGAAGAACGUGAAUUCCGCGCAGUAGAUCCUAUUGUGGGCACGACAUUCAAGUAUCACAUCUACUACAGUGGCGGCGAUAAAGCGGAGCAUGAGGUCGGAUUCGUAUUACAUGGAAAACAAAUGAAGCGUAUCAUUAGGUGAGUUGAGAAUUAGGGGCAAAUUCUUUAAUUACAGUCUGACAAUUAUGUACGCACCGACGAACGACGCGCCCGAUGACGUAAAAGAGGCGUUCUAUGAUCUUCUCGACAGGACCUAUGAUGAGUGCCCAAGACAUGACAUAAAGAUAGUCAUCGGGGAUAUAAAUGCACAGGUCGGACGUGAAGAGUUCUUUCGUCCCGUUAUUGGUAGAGAAAGCCUCCAUCCUACCACAAACGACAAUGGCCUGAGGCUAAUCAACUUCGCUGCAGCCAGAGGAAUGGUUAUCUGAAGUACCCUUUUUGCACGAUGGAACAUUCGGAAGCACACCUGGAAACACCGUAAUGGAGAGGUCUGCUCUCAGAUCGACCUGGUUCUGGUUGAUGGCCGGCACUUUUCUGAUGUCGCAGACGUGCGAUCCUCCCGGGGACCAAACGUUGACUCGGACCUAUCCCGUAGUAAGCAAGAUCCGUGCACGGUUGUCCAACGUAUUCAAAUCGAAGCCAACGAGGAAGAUACGACUAAACAUUCGGCGGUUAUCAGCGCAGGGAGUUGCUGCAGAGUACUCUCGGAAGACUGAUGAGCGGAUCGGGGAACAUCUCGGAGAGAACCUGAACGAACUAAGAAGAAAUAUCAGCACUGGGAUCGCGUUCUUGCGGAGGCGGAGAAUUGCUUCGAGAGGCACGAUACGAGAAGCUUCUUUAAUACGAUCUACGGAAUCAGGAACCGGACCGUGCCAACUCCUGUUAUGUGCAACGACAAGGAGGGGAACCUGAUUACCAAAAGAUCGGAGGUGGCUAGGCGUUGGAAGCAAUAUUUCGAUGCAUUGUUGAAUGGUGAACAAGAUGGAACGGUCAGCAGAAACAGGAUAACAAUUGAGGAUGAUGGACAAGCUGUGGAUCCACCAACUUUGGACGAGGUUAGGAAAGCAGGAAGAGAGCUGAAAAGCGGCAACGCAGCUGGAAAGGACGGCAGCCCCGCCGAACUUUUGAAAGUCGGGAGCGAACGGCUAUAUUGUGCAAUCCAUCAGGUUAUACUAAAAGUAUGGACUGAGGAGAAAUUACAAAAAGGGCCGUCGACUCGAAUGCAGCAAUUAUCGAGGUAUUACUCUCCUCAAUUCUGCAUACAAAAUUCUCUCCGGCAUCCUGUUUCUCAGACUGAGGCCGUUGUAGGAAACCUUCUUUGGUGAAUACCAGUGCGGUUUUCGAGAAUUCCGGGAAUUCAACAUGCAGACUCAUCAUUUGUUUAUAGGCGGCGUACGAUUCAGUUUAACGAAACGAGCUGUGACAGAUUAUGCUUGAACAUGGUUUUCCAACAAAACUGAUUAGGCUGAUACGUGCUACCCUCUUGAUGGUUCAAAAUCAAGCGUCAGGAUAGCGGGUGAGACAUCGGACUCGUUUGUGACGUUAGAUGGUUUGAAGCAAGGUGACGGACUAUCAAACUUACUGUUCAACAUUGCAUUGGAAGGUGCUAUUCGAAGGGCCGGCACGCGCAGAAGCGGUAUCAUCAUCACGAAAUCUCAUAUGCUCCUAAAGUUCGCGGAGGACAUCGAUAUCAUCGGUGUUAACUGUAGAGCUGUGGCAGAAGCGUACACGCAUCUUAAGGAGGAAACUUCGAGGAUAGGGCUUACCAUAAAUUCUACCAAAACAAAGAAUAUGGUGGCUGGUAGAGAGCGUGGUAGCCCUCCGGGUGUUGGAACUGCGAUGGUGAUAGAUGGAGAUACUUUUGAAGUGGUCGAUGAAUUUGUUUACCUUGGUACGUUAGUGACAUGUGACAACGAUGAGAGCCGUGAAGUAAAAAGGCGAAUUGCGGCUGCCAACAGGGCCUUCUAUGGAUUACGUAGCCAGCUGAGGUCCCAUAGCCUACAACUCCGUACAAAAAUCGCGCUCUGUAAGACGCUAAUUCUCUCGAUGGUACUCUACGGCCACGAAGCGUGGACGUUGAAAGAGAGCGACCGACGAGCUCUUGGCGUUUUCGAGCGUAAGAUCCUGCGAUCAAUUCUUGGCGGCAGAUUAGACGAAGGAGUGUGGCGCAGGCGCAUGAAUCAUGAAAUAUACCAAGUGUACAAAGAUGCGGAUAUUGUGAAGCAACUAAAAUACGGCAGGCUACAAUGGGCUGGUCAUGUAGCAAGGAUGCCGGUUGAGAGACCAGCAAAAACAAUAUUUAGCAGAGAACCCGACAGAGGACGACGACUUGGAGGCAGAUCCCGUACCCGUUGGAUGAGCGCUGUUGACGAGGAUGCUAGAACAGUGGGUGUUAGGGGCGACUGGAGAGUGGCAGCGCAAGACCGAGUAAUGUGGAGUCGACUCCUGAAUUCGGCAUAAGUAAGUAAGAUAGCAAUCUAGCCUGGUGUACCUCAAGGAAGUCACCUGGGCCCUCUAAUUGUUCUGCUUAAAUUCAGCGGCGUUAAUCUGAUUAUCAAUGGGCAACGUUCCUCACAUGCAGAUAUUCUUAUAGGUGUAUUUCUAGAUCCGUUCGACUGACGACUACCACUUUCUUUAAAAUCAGUUCGAGGCCUGGUGCGACGUAAACCUUAUGAUAGUGAACCCGGAAAGCGUUCAGCAAUCACAUGUUCCCGGAAGAACGACCCGAUCGUCGUUAAGCAACUUUCAUCUGCCACGAUGGAUACUAAUCAAAAGAUCCGCCUGCUUUUUUCCGGAGCAAUAAACCGCGAGUGAUGUGUUUUUAUUUAAAAAAAAUUUGACGUAGAACUACAUCUUACUCACGGACUAACUAAAGUAAAUCAAUUUUCGUGCCCUGAAGGUUGCAGCCACAGUUCACGAAAAAGGAAACAGACAAGCGAGAAUAUGUUCGGGCGGAACAGAACAUAAUUAACUGGCAACUGAACGUCAAGCUCGCGUUUUGAUAAUUGUCAGUGCGGACAAACGUACGCUUAACGUAGAAUUAUCUAAAUUUUUGGUAAAGCCAUUGGUCCCGUUUGUUGCUGGCACGCGUCGUGACAGUGACCAUCGCCACAGUAUCGAGCUUCGUUCACCCACUAUGCGCCAUAAUCUCCUUCUGAACAACCUAGGAGAACAGUGUCGUUCUACAAUUCAUUCUACUCACUUCAAACCACUCUCUCGCCAGCAUACCAGCGAAUGUGAGAUUUUACUUUUUACUUCUAGUAUUGUAAGGCUAUAAAUGAACUUCAUCAAAAAAAGUAAUGAACAAACAAACCGUUGUCUAGGAUUUCUCAUCUCUAAGCUUAAUGUCGAAAUGUGUUUUGAAAAAAAAAACAUACUUAAUUGUAUUUUGUGAUCUAUAGUUGAUUAAAAGUCUAGUUUUUUUCGCCACAUUUAGUUUAACAACGAGGGUCAACAUUCAAAUCAUUUUUGCUCCGCAGUCUCAAGCGAGCGAGCGAGCGAAAAACCGAACAAAAAAUAACUAAACAUUAAAACAAUUUCAAGCUGCCAUUUAAACCGGUGUGGCUUUUCGAGUACAUUACAGAGUUAAAACAAAUAGCGCAGGUGGCAAAAAAAAACUUUGAUACUGAACCUACUACUACAGGAGGCGUUUUUACUGCGUCGAAGAAAAUUACGAUGCCCAAAUGGAGAGGGCGAACAAGCAUGGUCGCUAGUGGAUGUAGUAUUGUAUUUAAUAUAAAUCUAGACACAAUUGCUAACUAUAAUAGUGGUUAUAGCAAAUGUAGCGCCAGCUAACGGAUCGAUCAGAAAUGUAAACGUUUUGAAGGGCACUAUUUAGAGAGUCAAACAUGCAGUUUAGUACAUAUUUUAGAUCACAUAGCAAGGCUUCUCUUGCUAAGAACAGUUUCUCUUCUCCAGUUAGUACGUAUUAGUGAAAUCUGUAGGCUCGCCGUUAAACACAUUCUGUAAAACACUGCCUGAUUUCCAACAAGUUUAUUACUAGAUGAUUAGAGCAACAAUAUGUAAAGUAAAAAAAAAACUACUCGUUUGUAAGUGAUUUUAUGUUUGUUGUUCCUGACCAGUAUUUUGUGCGGUAGAAAUAGGAAGGAGGUCUCGUCCUGUUCGCUGCUCUCUAAGCGCGUUAAUUAACACUUUCUAUAAAGUAUUAUUACCCCUACUACUAGCUCCAUGCCACUGACAAUGAUUUGAUCUCGAACAUUACACCCACAUCCAAUCCAGCUAAACCGUACGAACGGAAGUCGUUUAGACAAUUUCAAAUCAGCGGAGAGCAAACAAUCCUAAACUAAGCAAGUCGGACAGGAGGUCGCACAGUGAGUAAGUAGAACCCUAACAAGCAACUUGCUAAUGUAUCUCGUUAUUAUUUAAUUUGGAAGUGGCUCUGUGUCAAGCAAAAAAAAAGAACAGUAUCAAAGCAUGUUUUUCGACAUUUUAUAACUUUUAGCACGUUUAUAAGCAGAAUGUAAUGUUUUAAUACGAUGAACGUACAGGUAAAGGCCAACAUUCAAACGACGACUUCAACGUAUCGGCAUAUUGUUGAUAAGGUUGUGCUAACUAAUACCUACUAUUAUUGUAGCACAUAGAUGAUUAGAAGAAUUUAUUGUACCACACAGGAUUAUCUCAAUCCAUUUUCAGCAAAUUCAACGGUACAACAAGAACAACCAGCAAGUAUUCAACUUUUUUCUCAUUAUUUAUUUUGAUUUCGUUUUGAAAACAUGAUGCUCUGAAAGAGGGAGUUCAUCAAAUCCGCAGCGAUUGCUUUAAAUUUAUCAAAAAAAAAAUGGAACCUACUUUUCGCGCAAAACAGUGAUAAAAUAUCUCAAUUAGAACUAUAUUAUUCUUCAGGCUAAACCCAAUGAAUAUUUAUUCUAUUUCAAAAACAAAUAGUGCUAUUGAAUAAUUUAAACAAUUCAUAUUAUAUACUAUUGAACAACCAAUGUGAAAGGGAAAAGCCAUGGGGUAACCAGCUUAACCGGCUGACGCGAAGAUAA